AUGAAGUACACACUCCCUGUCCUUGGCCUUACGGCAUUAGCGUCUGCCCUUCCUCAGACGACAUCACCACCCCCCUCCUUCAAGAUCACAAACGUCAUCUCUGGCGGCACAGGCUGUCCUCGCGGAAGUAUCGACGUGAACUGGACCGAUCACAAGAUCCUGCCAAUAUACUUCGGCCAAGAAUUCACCGCCGCCGUCGGCCCCAAAGCCAACAUCACCGACUCGCGCAAGUUCUGCCAGCUGAACCUGCAACUCGAGUACACGCCCGGCUACUCCUUCGCCGUAUACAGCGCAGAGUACACGGGCUUCGCCGCCCUAGACGCAGGCGUCACAGGCACGGUCAAGAGCACGUACUACUUCUCCGGGCUAGCCGAGCAGACCUCCUCGGCGCAGACGCUCUCCGGCCCAACGAGAGCGCUGUUCAACAAGCAGGACGAUGUUGCGGUCGCGGUCUGGUCGCCUUGCAGCGGCGACGCGCUGUUCAAUGUCGAUGCGUCGGUGGCGCUCACGCCGUUUGCGGGCCCCGCGAGUGGCGUGCUGGGGAUCGCGAGGGAGAGCGGGCGGUUGAGUUCAAGUCUGUAUGUGCAGUGGAAGAAGUGCUAG